AUGGUUCACCUCGCCGCUCCUCUUCUCUGUCUCCUUGCCGCCGCAAGCGCUGCGACGACAGUUUCGGCAGCUGAGGGAUGUGGUCAUCUUGAUUCUGCCGGGAUGGAAGGCGAUGAGAACUCCCAGCUACAGACAAAGCCAGCUGCCCACACCACCGCAAGUCAGGAGAAGUUUCCGGAGUGGCUGCUCUGGCAGAUGAAGGGUGAGCUUGAGGACCUUCAAAGCCGCAAUGCGGCACUUGAAGACUCCACGGCUUUGGACUGCAGCUUCGUCUUCAUCGUGCAAAACCCGCAGGAGGGCCGCCUCUUCGUUCCGGUAGGCAGCAGAUGUGAGUACGACGACAGCGUUUCUGCGUCAGAUGUCGUUUGCACGGCGUCUCAGGGACCCUCAGUGAAUCCACAGUCGGUAACCUCGGACAUCACACCCUUCGAGUUGCAGCCGGAGGGGUCAGGCGUGAACUACAUGGUGGAGAUCGUUUCCAACGAUGCGACUUACAGGUUCAACAAACCUGACGAGUGGAACAUUGCAUGCCGAGCAGCUACGAGCACCGAGUAG